AUGAGCGUGCUAACGUUAAUCCAACGAUCAACGCUGAUUCUUAUUCUGCUAAUAAUCCAUGCAUCCUCAGUUAUUAGUUCAUUCCGAGAUGACAAUGCAGAAAUUAAUGUUCAAUCGCAUUUGGUUCAUCAGUUGAAUAGUUUUCGUGUCAAUCAGAGCUUAUUAGUAAGUGAUGUGAUUCGUAAAUUACAGCCAGAAAGUGUUAUUGCAUUACAAGCAAAGAGAGAUUCCGAUCAAUCGAAUCCACGUGCCGUCUAUAAUGACACGGAGUGUGACAUCCAUUUUACAGCAUUUGUUAGUGCUCUAUCAAAAUCAGAGCUAUGGGCACUGCAAAUGCUUGAUUCGUCAUCGAAAAUUCCUUCGGGAAUUCUCAUAGGAAACUCGAAGGACCUGGGGGUUUACGAUGAGUGUGUCUCAGUUAAUGUUCAAAAGGAAAUUGGAUUGAUUCGGGGACGUCACUGCAUGUAUUCGAUAUCUUUUACGGUCUCAAACUCAACGACGCCGCUCUCCACAACAUUGUCUAUCUGCUUACCUUCAACAUGUAAUGCUCAGCAUGUUAAUGACAUCCUGCAAACUGCGAUUGAUAUGGUAUCGGAUCGUCUUCCCUUCGACUUAGGGAUUGGUAAUGUCCAGUGUUCAGCAGUAGAUCCUCCACCAUUUGAAGUGGGAGAAAUUAUCACAAUAGUGAUCUUGUCGAUUAUCCUCUGCUUUUUCAUUGGUUGCACCGUUUGUGAUAUCAUCAUCAGGAUUACUUCGCGAAAAAAAUCCGGAGGGAUCGUGAAAGAAAUAUGCAAUUUUUCAUUUUACACCAACGUAAAGCGAAUAUUUGACACAACUGUACCACGAGGUAACAUCCCAGCUAUCCAAGGAAUAAGAUUCUUCAGUCUGUGUUGGGUCGUGCUUGGCCAUGAGCAUCUUUAUCCGAAUACAACAACAGCAAUCAAUAUGAAAAAUGCAAUUUCGUGGGUAGGAUCCUGGGAUGCUAUACACAUUCUCAUUGCUCCUUUUGCAGUGGACACUUUUUUUGUUUUGAGCGGCUUUUUAUCAUCAUAUCUCUUCAUCAAGGAAAUUGCGAAGGGACGUCGAUUUAAUCCUGUUAUGUAUUACAUACAUCGUUAUAUCAGAUUGACACCGGCGUUUGCUGCAAUGAUAGCUUUAUCGAUAUUUCUACUUCCCCGGAUGGGUUCAGGAGCAUUAUGGGAUUCGACGAUGAUGAUGAACAAAGAGAUGUGUAGCAACAGUUGGUGGCCAAUGAUACUCUACGUUCAUAAUCACGUUGGAAAAAACUCUACGGCAUGUUUGGGGCAUACCUGGUAUCUGGCAGUGGACAUGCAGCUAUUCUGGAUAUCUCCUCUGAUCCUCUAUCCGUUAGCUAAAACACCUAAAAUUGGUCUUGGCAUAUUAGCUGCAUUUAUCAUCGCUUCAGUAAUCAUACCAGCUAUUAUCAUAGGAAAGAAUAAAUACUCCGCGGCGUUGAUCUCAAGUGGAAUGAAAAUGACAAACCUAAUGGAUACGUUUGGAAGCUUCUACAUCACCGCCUACGCUAGAGCGGGUCCAUGGCUUCUAGGAAUCUAUCUAGGUUAUAGACUCAGUGGAAAGAGAGAUCAUCCCGGUACAAAUUUCAUUGCACUAGGAUGGAUUCUUUCUGCACUAGCAUUUGCCUUCUCAUUUUUCUCAUACAGAAUUUUCCAAAAUGUCGAUUAUGAGUGGAAUGCCCCUUGGGAGAUUUUCUACGCAGGGUUCGGGAGGCACAUUUGGGCUUUCGGAAUAUGUUGGUUAAUUUACGCGUCAGUAAAGGGUUACGGUGGCCCUAUUGCGGACUUUCUAUCUCUACCAAUAUUCAUACCAUUUGGUAGGAUGUCUUAUUGCAUUUACCUAGUACACAUGGUUAUUCAGCUGAUGAGGGUUGCUGCGGCGAGAGUUCCCUCGUAUUUUACUGAACUGGGAAUAAUCUAUUCAUUUUUUGGUGAAUUCAUUGUAUCUAUUAUAGCGGGACUUGCUCUCAGUCUCGUUUUUGAAUCACCAUUUUUGGUUCUCGAAAAAAUGAUUUUUGGCGGGAAUAGGCGAGUUAAGAAACAAGAAUCACCGAAAAACGUUGAAGACACAGAGGCAUCGCUUGGCAUUGAUAAUAAGGCUUACAAUUCUAAUGAGUCCGUAACUUACAUUGAGAAAGAAAGGGAUGAACAUGGUCAGCCCCAAAUAUCUUCAAAACUCUAAUGAUACACUGACAAAAACAAAGGUUUUUGAGAAAUACGUCUUUACUUAUAUCAAAAAACUUCUGCCUUGAAAAUUUCCAAAAGUAAAAUAUCUUGCACUAAGAAAAUAAAAACUUUCAUCAAGUACUUUUGUACUUGUCCUGAAGAUGAGGACAAUUUCUUGAUGACAAUAAAGAGAUUUCUCAAACCAAGUAAAAUUGAAUUAAUUCAUCUAAUAGUUUUUUAGUCGCAGUUAUAAAAUACUU